GAGUAACUGCAUGCUUGUCAUUUGGGUUCCUGUGCAUGGGUGAGGUCGCAUAGACGAAACACUGCUAAAUCGACAUGGAGCGCGAGGCAACGGAAGAUCAUUUGGAAGUGCUAGCUCGAGAGGGUUUUUUUGACUGGAAGGCCCUGAGGCCUCAUCUCGGACUCAGCUCUGGCCACGAACAGGACAUUAGCCGCAGCGAGAGAGAAUACGCCGAUCAACGACGCGCCUGUCUCUACAAAUGGAAGGUGGUGAAGGGAAGCGGCGCCACAUACAAAGAGCUCAUCAAGGCGGCCAAUAAAAUUGAAAACAGAAAGUUCGCUGAGAUGGUUGAAAAGGUGAUGAAAACACCCUCACGGGAGUCCACCAGCAACAAUACCGCCGUAAUUGAAAAACCUCAAGAUACAAAGUGUAAGCAGUGCCAAGGUCACGGAGUUGUGUACAGGUCUCGCAACACAGUGUUUGAUUUCUUGGACAUGCGGGGUCAAUUCGACAUUGUCAACUGCCGACAGUGCAAAGGAAAUGAUAACUGGGUCAAAUGUUCUCAUGCCCCAUGGAAAGACGUUGGUGGUAUAUGCAGGGAAUAGAACUGAUCAUCACUCAAUCUUUAACAAUAAUAUAAAGUAUUGCAGUGUUGUGUAUUAUAGCUGGCCUAGAGUUAUUAGCCAUUAUCUUUUCAAAAAUAUGGCACUGACUCGGUAAUAAUAAUUUUAAAGUUUGUUUGUAAUCACAAAGUACUGAGUCG